UUGAGAGCAGCUCUUCAGAACUGCAUGGGUGCCACUGGAGUACACGUCUCUUCUCUAAUCGACUCGUGCGCUGUUCAUCAUGAUAAACACCUUUCACACUAGCUACAAUCCUCCGCCGGUGCCUCCACGGGCAGGAUACAGCAAACCCCGGCCAGUGGGCAACACAUCUUUAGUCAAGUUUUUGUCAGUGAUGCUACUGCUGUUAAUGAUACUGACCUUCGGAGGCUUCCUCUACCUGUUCCAGAAACUCAACAUGCUCCAGGGCAGUUAUCGUGAUGAAAUCAGUCUACAGAGACUACAGGAAUGUGCAGACAGCAGCAUGGGAGAAGACUCAUUGACAGAAUGUGGCAAACUGAUGGAAAAAUAUAAAGCUGCCAUGGCAAAGGUUUCACAAGCAAAUGAAAAAUUGUCUAAGUUAACUGGAGGGCCACACUUUCUCGGACCAGCUGCACACAUGACUGCUCUGACCGAGCAUAAAGAUAAGACUUCUGCCUUCUUGAAGACAAGCAGUCUUCUUUGGGACGAGGAGCACUCACUGGUACAGGACGUACGGCUCAGCAACGAACGGGACAAGUUGACCAUUCAAGAUCCCGGAAUCUAUUUCAUUUAUUCCCAGGUCACCUUCUCCAAAAAUUCUCCUUUAUCUUCAUUAAAGCAAUCCAUAAGGAGCACAGUACCCAAGACACGUCAAGGCAAGGAGCUACUCAAGUCUUUUUGCAGUUUGAAACCAAACACAUCAAAUUUGUGUACAGCUUCUCUGGUGGGGGUGUUCCGUCUAGAGAAAGACCAACAGCUCUAUGUUACAGUAACAAACACAUCCUUGGUGAACCGGGACUCCUGCAACUUUGGAUUAUUCAAAUUGCGGUAAAGAACACUCUAGAACUGAAGCGGUCAAGGGGGAGAUGGAUGACACGAGACGGAUUGACUGGAUCAAGGCACUAUAAUUAAACCGUCGUGUUAUACAUCUCAAGGGAAAGACAUUGCACCAUCUCUUCUCCUUGACACCAAACCACAAUCCAAGUUCAGGACAAACAAGGAAUUCAUCAAAACUUCUGAAUAUGGGAACAUCCUUUCGAUUAUAUUAUUCAUUGAAAAUACAACCCGAUAAGAACACCAUGAAUGUUUUCAAUGUAAUAUUAUUUAUUACCUGCAUUUUUUUAUUUUUAUGGUUUGCUCUUCUUUUUAUAAUAACAAUAAUAAUAAUAAUAAAAAUAUUUAUUUUGGAAUAAGCUUGACAAAUAUAAUUGAUGGACGAUUCUUAUUUAUAGUACUUCCUAAGAACAGAAUAGUGUGUAUGUAUAUAUAUAUAUAUAUAUAUAUAAUUUAAGAUGUUAAUAUUAAUAUAUAAUAUACAUUAUGUGGGUUAUAUUUUAGUAUAAGUAACUUUGAAUAAAAGAGCCAACACAUUUUUUCCCUUCACUAUUAUACUAUUCCUCAAGUGCUCCAGUAAUUGUUUAUAUCAUUACUAAUGUUUCCAAGCGGUCAUGAGUUGUGUAAGUGUUUCCUAACAUAGUAGAUUGAGGUUGUCAGAAGCUCUAAACUUAAAGUUUGGAAACUACUGUGUAGGACGCGUCGAACAGAAAGACGCAUAAGCCUACCAGUUCUGUUUUUAACUUCAAUUUGAUAAUACGACCCUGAACUGACUACUGCUGUGCCUAUUUUACAGCAUUCCAUCCUCCUCCAUGGAAACAGUGAGUUUUAGGUGACAAACGUGUGCUCUUUUGAGCCACGCGGAUGCCUCUGCUUACAGGAAGUUG